AUGGCAGACGUAACAGUCGAAAGCGAACGCGCAGCCAAGCUCCAAGAUGCUCAAGAUAAAGCCGCGCAACUCUUCAUCGAGAUAGAGCGGGAUCUCGUCCGCCCCGGAAUCAGCGAAAAGACACUCAACGAAGAGAUCUACAAGCUUGGAUUCGAUCGCUACGGAAUCAAAACCCACUGGCACAAACGAGUUAUCCGCAGUGGCCCAAACACUCUCAGUCCAUUCUCCGAAAACCCUCCAGACCGCAUUAUCCAAGAAGACGAUAUUCUCGUCGUGGAUUUAGGACCUGUCUUCGAGGCCUGGGAGGCUGAUUUCGGUCGUACGUAUGUCCUCGGAAAUGAUCCGCACAAGAUCAAACUGCGAGAUUCAUUGCAGCCUAUUUGGGAUAUCGUGAAGGCGAAAUAUGAUGAGAAUCCUGAUAUGUCAGGCGAGGAACUUUAUGAUAUUUCGUGUGGAAUUGCGGGGGAAUAUGGGUUUGAUUUUGGGGCUGAUAUUGCGGGGCAUUUGGUUGGGUCUUUUCCCCAUGAACGAAUUCCUAGGGAUCGUACGACGCUUUAUAUUACUAAGGGGAAUAAUGAAACUAUGAAUCAGCCUGGGAAGAAUGGGUUUAAGCGGCAUUGGAUUUUGGAGAUUCAUUUGCGUGAUACGGCGCGUGGAUUUGGUGGUUUUACUGAGCAGUUGUUGACUGUUGGUUGA